GCGUCUUUUUCUUGCUUGAUUAUUGGACAAUAAAGGUUUUAGCUACAGUCGAGGGAUCGCCUCUUUCAUGUCUAUGAAAAACGACGCAUCUUCCAUCCGUUUUAUUUCCUCUUCAUCGCUCAUCUAUUUUCUUUUUUCUUUUCUUGCGAAAAACCACCCAUCUAUCGCGAUAUAUAUUCUCAUUGCUUAUUUUAUCAAUUUUGCUCAAAUCACUCAUCCUCUUUUUUUUGGCAAGUUUAAGAACUUGUACAAAGCCCAUGCCUUGGCGGUGUGCGGUGGCGGCUCCCACAGUGUGGUGACAACAGAUUUCUUAAUUUUUCAAUUAAACUGUACGAAAUCGACUCCGCUUCAAUUCUUUUGCAUCCAUGAUCAGUCGCCAUAGAAAAUAAAAAAGUAACCUGCGGACAACUCUAGUUGAAGCGGAGGCUCUCUGAUGCGCUAUUUGAUGGAUAAAUGACAGGACGAAUUGGCAGCUCCCUGGAAAAUAGUCUAACUGUGAUAAGCGUAGAAAGGUGAUAUCGGCCUUUCAUCUAUUUAUCCAUCAAAACUUGAUAGUCUGUAUUUUGCAGUGAUCCUUUGCAAAUAUUGUUGGCAUAUGAACUGCACAACAGCAUUGUUUGUCAUAUUUGCCAUUACAGUUUUAGAACGUAAACUUUAAUUUCUCGUGUGAAUAUAUCCAUGUUCCUUUGGACAAGUGACAAUGAUGGCAUAAUUUUUGCUUUCGCUGCUUCAGAGCAUGCACCAUCCAUGUACGUUGUGUUUACAGAGGGACAUUUU